GACUAGGAGCAUCAAUGGACAUCAGUUGACCUCCAGUGACUGAAUCCCCCUCGUCUCCCCCCCCAACAAAUACAAACUUUUUCUUUUUGAUCGCUUUUUUCUUUGGGCAGCAUUCAUCUGAGCAUCCCUGAGUAUGUGUUGGUCACUUUGGUGAAAGGCCUAUAAGAGCGAGGAGCUAUAAAACCGUGCUCUGUAGAGAGUGAUACCCAGUUGAAGUGAUACAUUACAUUUCGGUGGCUUGACAAGUUAAGAUGUACAGUUCGGGUCUAGUCAUAUUCGGUGUGGUGCUGGGGGUGUUGCUAGUUGAACAUGCAGAUGCCCAAUCUGGAUCAGUACCAGAACCCCUAUUCGUCAAAGGGUGCCGAGCACAGAGGGGUCAGUUCCCCCACGAGACUUACUGCCAACAGUAUUACAAUUGCUGGGACGGUCGAGCCACCAUAGAAGAAUGCCCGGGCAAACUGCUCUUCAAUCCGGUCAUCUCAGCAUGUGAUUUCCCAGAGGCAGUCAAUUGCUUGGCGAGACUAAGAAAUCCAGAACCCGCCAUAACUUCGGAUGGUCGCUGCCUGAAACAGUUCGGCAUCUUUCCAGAUCCAACAGAUUGCACGGCCUUCUAUGAAUGCUCCCACGGCAGGUCUUUCCGACAGGUGUGCCCAUACUACACGGCAUUCGAUGAGAGGUACCUGGUAUGCGUUCAUGCUUACGACGUAGAAUGCGGUGGUAGGGGUGGCAUCUACGGCACUCUGGCACCGCCUAUAUUCAGCAUUCCUGAUCGAGGCAUCUCGGCACAGAUCGGCCUACCUCCCCCUCCUCCUCUUGGAUCCAGCGGAUCGGCGUCAGGGCAAGAAAGGCAGUACGAACAGCCCAUAUCCCCAGAGGCAACUUUCCGAUGUCCUCAGCCUCGUGGUCUCUAUCCCAACGCCCUGGACUGCACUCGGUUCUGGUUGUGCAGGGAAUACAAGCCCUCUCUCCUCAAAUGUCCCACGGGACAACUCUUCGACCUCAACUCCCUCAGCUGCGUCAACCCAGAAAAAGCACAAUGUUCCUCGAUCUCCCCAAGGACGUGACGUCAUUGUUGUGUGUUCCGUUCCUGAAUGGCCAGUUCCAAACAAACGUCACACGCGUCGCUUCUCUCCCGAGUGAUUCACGUGUCCGUCUCACUCGAGCUGAGGCGAAAUGAACUCAUCUCAAGAGAACUGAAAGCGUGAUCUCAAGCGAAGAAAGUCAUGACUUUAUCGUCAAUUAACUGUAACACAUAAGCCAUGAUAAAAAAAAAAAAAAAAAAUACCUCGAAUGAAUGAUACAGGAUCGUUUGAUGAGAGGAAAGAUUUUGUUCCUCUCGUGCUUUUUUCCGAAGGGAAAAGUGUUUUUUCUUCUUUGGAAACCUUAUCAUUGAUGAUAGACAACAUUGUUUCCUUUCGUCAUUUUUAUUAUUUUCAAAUUUUUUUCUUACAGUUUUUGAUAGUCGUCAUCUAAUAUGCGAAGGGGAUGGAUGACCUCCAUAGUUUUACAUCUAUAUUGAUUAUUUUUAUAAUUUGAUAAUAUUUCAAUCACUGCAAGUGUUGACCUUUUAAUUAAUUCACCCAUUUGUCACCUGGAUUGGAUUAAGAUUUGCAGAUAAAACUUAAUCCGAUCCAGGUAACAAGCCCAGUCCAAUCCGGGUGACCAGGUACGGCGGCAAAUUUUGCCCUUCCUUUUUUUUUUCUAAAUUUAAAAACCAGAUAUUUUUAUUUAUUUGAAUUUAAUCUUAAUUUAAGUAGUUACUAAGUAGCGAAACUUAUAAAAAACUGAAAUAAAAUAUUACACUAAAAGAAUAAAGUUCAAAAAAAUUUUCAAAUUAUUCUCGAUUCAUUAUUUUUCAUUAAGUGCUUUUAAACAAAAUGCUUAAAAAAUACAAAAAUAUCCAAUAUGAUAUAAUAAUUUCUCAAAUUCAAAGUUGAUGAGUUAAGUUAACUAUGAGUUUGUGAGUUAAGGAAUCAAAUAUGGAAAUAUUUAGACUGUUUUUUUUAUUUGAGUCUUUUCUAAUUGUAAAUCUGAAUACAUAAAAAAUAAUUCCUAAAAAAAAUGUUCUGAAAUUAAAAGAAACGUGAAUUUAAUUUGAAUAAGUUCAAACACAUAGGCUCUGUAAAACAAAUGAAAGUAUUAAGUUACCCUAGAAAUACCUAAAAGUGGAUAACCUACUAAACAAAGUAGAUAAUCGUUUUCUUAAAUGUUUUAUAAUCCAGUGCUACUUGCUAAUUAGAUCAACUCAUAAAUAUUACCAAAAUAAAAUUAUAUUACCAAAUAUAUUUAUCAUACUCAUAUUACCAAAAUAAAAUGUAUCAUCUAAAAAGAUGAAAGAAAAACUAACUACAAAAUAAUUUUAAAGCAAACUCUUUGCAAAAAAUAUAAUUUUUAUCGGAAACUAAAACGAAGUAAAAACUAAAUUUUAAUAAAUUAAGUUUAUUGCUACAAAUAAAAACCAAAACCAAAAAUUAAAAUUAAAAAAAUUAAUCAAAUAAAACUAUAAAAUAAAUAAAUUAUAAAAUCCAUAAAUAAAUAAAUAAAUAAAAUAAUAACUGGAGUCAUGUUCAAAUGCAAAAUACAAAAGCGGAAUUCGAUAACAAAAAUUCUUAAACUUUAAAAGUGAUUGAAAUUUUUAAGUUUUUACAUAUCUAAAGAUAUUAAUUAUAAUCUCUUUUGGAAGCCAAAUGAUGCAUAUGAAGGCACAUAUGUUUGUAUUCAUGGGAGAGAAAAAAAAACACCAUAUCCUAUUAUAAACCAAUUAAAAUAGCAGCGAGAAGUUAUUCUAAUUAGUAAUAUCACUGUCUCAAAUUCUAUUUUAGACAGUGAUAUUCCUAAUCAAAUUCAUAUUUGUUAUUAUCUGAAUCCUUAAUUUUUGUUCAAAUAUAAAUAUUUCUUAGAUUAUAGCUUAAACUGAUUUCAUUUCCUUCAUAUUAUUUUAAGGGAGUGGUAAAAAAUUCCCUUUAUAAGAUAAAUAAAAGGAAAGAAACUCCUUUCAGGAAUUUAAUUUUUAAUAAAAAAAAUACAUUAAUUUUUAUUGAAAUUUUCAUAUUAAAAUAUAUCAAAAUGAAACACAUAAGUUUUACAAUGUUAAUCAUAAAAGUAUUAAGUAAAAAAACUUUAAAAGAAGUUAUAAUCGAAAAUAAUAUGGAACAUUUUUAUUAAAUUUAAAACCUGAGUUUUAUCAGCUACAGUUUUUUGAUUUAAAAUCAAUUUUAUUUAAAUUUCACAAUGAAUCAUUGUAUUUAAAAAAUGAUAUUGUUUCGUUCGUUGGAGUUAUUUUUUAAGAAUGGCUUUAAACCUUAUUUCUUACUACCUCUUUACCAAACAUAUUAUAUUAACUUAUCUUCGAAUAGAAAAAGCAAUUAUACAGCAUUUGUGUUUUGCUGAGUUAAUGCAGUUACUGCAUGUAAGUUAUAUGACUUGCAGUAAUAGGUGUCGAAAGAUUUUAUUUCGAAAUGAUGAGUUUGUUUCAUAAAAAGAAAUUGUGUGAGUAUAAAAAAUGAAAUAACAAUACUUAGAGAAUAGAACUUUCGCUUCAAGUUUGGUGCUGCCAUCUAUUGUCGAAUAUGUUAAGAAUCAGAGUUUUCUAAGGAAAAAAGAUUGAACUGUGCUUUAGAGUUUAAAAAAUAUAUUUUUCUGAUGUGAACUUCAUGUGUUCAGAAAUGAUUGUGUAAUUUCUGCUCAAUAUACAGAGAAAAAGAAGACUUCCCCUUGAAGAUGAAGUCAAGAUGUGUUAGUAAACAAUGUUUAGCACAUAAUGCAGGACAGUAUUACUAUGCAAUCAUUCAUAAGCGUGCAUCACAUCUUAUAUUUUUGCAUUCUUUUCAAACUAGAAUUAAUUUAUUUUUGCUAAUAAAUUGAAGAAAUGUUGAUAUUUUGUAUAAAUAUUCCUUCCAUACUUUCAGAAGGAUGCUGAUGUCCUUCUGUAAUUGUAUUUUUCUUUAUUGGAUCAUUUGUAUAAAGAUCAAAAUAAAACUGAAUGAAAUAUU